UUAUUUCAUAGACAACAAUAUUGCCCUUAUUCCAUAUAUAAUCUGUAUCGUUGCAUCAUCUGUGUUUUUCACUGAAAAAUAACUGGACCAUAGAUUGUGCAUGUCUUAUAAAAAAAUGGCGAUUGUUAAAUUUUUGUUGAGAGUUUGAAAGCACAAUCCUCAAGCACAUAUUUAAAACUUUAAAUAUCUGUUGGUGAAACUGUGACUGUAAUAUUCUGAAAAUGGCUGACGCUUUGGUAGAGCGGAGACCCACCGCUCGGUUUUUCUGCCACAGGUGUAACAUUGAAUUCGAAGAUGUUUUGCAGGAUUACACAUGCCCAUACUGCGCUAGUGGUUUCAUUGAACAGCUUGAGAAUGAGACGGAGGGCCUGGCACUAUCAGGAGAUGACUUCAGUGAUGCAGACAUGAGCAAUAUUGAUGAUAUGAGCAAUAUCGAUGACAUGAGUAACCUGGAUGACUCGGAUGAGAUACACCACUUGUCACAAGGCACCCCUCCAAUGUUGAACGAUCUUGCAUUCCUGAUGUCCGGUGGGCGAUUACGUAGAGGUGCAGGGCGACGAGAGACGCUAAUGGAACAGCUGGUGUGGAUGAUAGGUGGCGCUCGACCGGCCACCGGCGCCGUGACGGCGGGAGCACCCUUCGUGCUCGUUGGAGCGCCCGGGGACUACGUCUUCGGCGGUGAAGGUUUGGACGCAGUAGUGACACAAUUGCUAGGUCAGCUAGAGAAUGCAGGCCCCCCGCCGCUACCGCGGGAGCAGAUAGCGGCGCUGCCAUCAGUCGUCGUCACCGAGGAGCAGGUCGCCGCCAACACCUCGUGUUCUGUCUGCUGGGAGAACUUUCAGUCUGGUGAAACAGUAUCUCGGUUAGAGUGCGACCACAUCUUCCACGCCAACUGUAUCGCGCCGUGGCUGCAGCUGCACGCGACGUGCCCCAUCUGCCGGCGCUCGCUGCUGGCGGAGGACGCGGAGGCGCCGCCCGACGCCGCGCCCCCCGACGCGCCCGCGCCGCCCGCCGCCUCCGCGCCCGCCGCCCCGGCAGACACCGCUGCCAACCAAUACCCGUCUUUAACACAACUACUGGUACGACGACUGCCGAGGCGCGCGGGGCCCGGCGGCGCGGGCUGGGCGGCGCUGGGGGGGGACUCCAGCAGCUCGUCGGGCAGCAUGUCGACGUCGUCGUCCAUGACGACGGGCGCGGCGUGGCCGCCGCCGUCCCGCUCCAACACCAACUCCACGAGCUCCAACUCGUCGUCGUCGCUCAACUCCACGGAGCGGGAGCGCCAGUACAACAUGGACAUUGAAUUCGACUAGGGCCCCGCGCCCGAUCUGCUCGCCUGAUACUUUUUCGCUUGACAGUGACGUUCGCUACGGCAAUGGUUGUGUUGGUGAAGUGUUAUGUUGUGAUGUGACCGUGAUACGACAUUGUUGGAUAGUAAGUUGAAUCGUUUAUUUUUUUAUUUAUGUCAAAUUGAUAAUAUUUUUUCAUAAUAUCACAUGAAUACGACCAUUGUACGAGAUCUAUGUAUAAAAUAUAUAGUUAUACCAUUACUUAAAGUUCUUACUUCUAGAUUAGAUCAUCAUAUAACGGAUCAGUCGGAGUUGUGUGCCUUUAAUUUGUAUUUGCAUUGUAGUGUAAAAGUUCCAUAAAAGACGACACAGUUGUAAUAUUGUUCAAAUGUCACAUGCUUUAUAAGGCCAAGCACUAGCCGACAGCAUGUGCAUACACUGUAAACAUAUUAUAACUCGUAUAUUUUUUGUUUGAAGUUUAGUCCCCAACUGUGUACAAAAAUUCAUAGUAAGUAACACUUAAUGUUUGUCGUGCGCAAUUUUCUUUAUUGCAUUCAUUUUAUUCUUUUGUAAAUUUUGUAAAUAUGCAUGUAAGAUUAAGAAUUUUGCUAUAAGCUGUAGUAUAUUAAUACUCAGAUAAAUAGCUGAAUUAUAUAUUUCGCCAAAUGAAGUGAUUUAAAUGGGUUUUAUUCAAAUAGGGGCAUCAUUUACUAUAUUAUUAAUAUAGUAAAGGAAUAAAGGACAUCAAAAGGCAUAUAAUCAUCGAGGUGCCCAAGUAUUGUGUAUGUAAAAGGAAUAUCUCCCAAAUGUUGACAAUGCAAGAAUCUUUGAAUUGAUUAAGCACAUAAAUAUUAAUAUUUUUUGUAUAUAGAGAAAGUUUAGAAGUUCAGUAAUACUUCUUAGUUUUUGCUUUUUGAAAAAAAGUUUUUUUGUAGUAGUAUCCUUUAUUUUGGAGAAGAUAAUUACUCACUAGAUGUUAUUUAGUGAGUGUAUAUGCAGUGUUAGGAGUAGGGAGGUACUGCAGCAAGACCGCGAGAGACUACACUCGGAGGGCACGCGGGAGUGUGAGGGUGCUUGCGUUGUGUGUGGCCCCGGGUCCUAGACUACUAAUAUAAGAUAUAUCGGGGCUGUGAGUGCAUGAGAACAUUAAAUUAUUUUACUAUUGUAAUAUUUCAUUUUGACUGCGUGUGUUCUGGUUGUGGUUUGCUCAAGUGUAUAGCGAUAUGAGUUGGUUUGAAGAUAUAACAAUUCAUAUUACACUCACUAUAUCAAUAUAGUGUUCUUUCAGUUUUUAAAUUUAUCUUACACUAUGUAUAUCGAUAAGACGAAUAUUUGAAGUGUGUAUGUGAUCUUAUUAUAGAAUAUUUAGAUGUGUCUAUCUUCUUAUUUUUGUAAUACACAUGUGGCAGGAGCAUUCCUGGAUUAAUUCUUUUAAUUCCACAAUGGUAGCAAAGUGACAAGGUUUAACGAAGAUAUAUUCUAAAUAUAACGUAGUGGACUAUCACCGGUGAAGUGCGGCUUUAGUGGAGAUUAUUGAGCGUGUUUGUACACUGCAGGCCACUGGUUCCACCACCGCCACUGCGGCUACAUUGGCCUCGCACUGCAUUACGGAUGUAAGUAAUAGAACAGCUCCAAACAACAUUGUAUAAUAGCUGUUAUCGAAAAUCCAAUGUUCCUAUACGAUAUAGGUUACUCACUAGUGUUGAUUGGACAGAUGUGUCACCAAGCCCACCCGAGCUUAUUGCUACGCUUCUUCCGACGCCACGAGAUGAUAGCUCUGUAUAACAUUAUGUUUUAGUUAUUAUUCGCCUAACUACUACUCCUAAGAAUACGGUAGAAAUAUAUUUUAUUGACAUGCUUUUAGGAUCUUGGUGAUUCAUGUGUCUCAAAAUAUGCAUUUCAAAUUUUAGAUCCAGGGACAACCGGAUCUUAAGACUGAUCUCUUAAGUGAUAAACUACUUAAGGUAAAUAAAAUUUGAAAUUGUAUUUUUGUAUAAUCAUCACGUAUUCGUAGUAUAGGCCUAACUAAUCAAACGGUUUGGGAGAUCGAACCAUUUUGACAUCUAAUCGUGUUGUUUGGUGAACUAUCAUUCAAAAUGUCAGCACUUCUAUAAAGUAUUUUCACCUGGCUCAUAUUUAUUAGUAGGUAGGUUGGAACACGCCAGUUAAACGUAAAUUACGGUUGGUAACAAUUCAUUUGAUAUGGAACUUUGUGUUGCAGUAGUCGACGCCCUCUGUAGGCCGGUGUCGCAGACAGGUGCGCAGUGAAACACAUUAGGAUUGUUGAUCACUCGUACUGAUAGCUGCAUUAAUGUACUUCGAAAACUACCGACUCUAUUAAAACAUUAAAUCGAUAUUAAUAGUCUAAUGACUCCAGUGUUGUUUAUUAUUAAAAGCUUAAUAAAACUAUGUCCGAUUAGAUAAAUAUAUUUAUUCUAAAAUGUAGUACAUAAUAUAAAGUAACUAGUUUUUACACAUUUUUAUCUAAUUACGAAAUAGAGGUGUUAAUUAACAAAUAUGAACUAUACCUUCGCUACGAUUGAUUGCCUUAAAUUAAACGAAAAGGAAUGUAAGUAGAAUAUAUUCAUAAAACAGCAUAGCAAUGGUUACUGGCAGGUCACUCAUUGGUCUUGCGACCAUCUCAGAAGACUGCAUAUGUUGAGAAGAUUAUUUAAGGAAUAAUUAUAUUUAUCAUUGUAUAGAAAUACACUACGUUUUGGCAUAAUACAUUCUUAAAUACUAAUAAAUUUAGAGUAUACGUAUAUGAAAUCGAAAUUAAAAAUAAUAUUUAAAGUAUUUAUUGUAGUUAUAAUCAUUUGUCCCACAAAGUUCUGUAUCAAAUGAUCGAAUUGUUAAAUAAUGUAUAAAUGCAGUCAUGUAAAAACGUUAAAAUUACUAAGGGAAUGUAAAUGUUUAAAUAACAUAAAAUUUUAAUGUAAAGUUUGAAAAUAAAUGCAAGUAUAUUGAGUUGUGUGU